UGUGCCUGUCAGAUGUCCUACUCUGCGCAAGAAACCAAUGUUCAGGAAGAGAACUGUCAAUAUAGCUAAAUAAUGAUAUAAUAUGUAAUACAAUUAAUUAAAAAAGGAUAACGGAUAUUUCAUUCAGUUGAGGGCCUGCCGUCGCCAUGGAGGAGACUGAUAGGGAGGCUGUUGCCACGGCGGUGCAGAGGGUUGCGGGGAUGCUACAGCGGCCAGAUCAGCUGGACAAAGUCGAGCAAUACCGCCGGAGAGAGGCACGCAAGAAGGCGUCGGUCGAAGCCAGACUAAAGGCAGCUAUCCAGUCCCAGCUGGACGGGGUGCGCACGGGCCUCACCCAGCUCCACAACGCCCUGGUCGACGUCAAGGACAUCCAGAACUCGCUGGCGGACGUCAGCAAGGACUGGAGGCAGAGCAUCAACACCAUCGAGAACCUGAAGGACGUGAAGGACGUGGUGGUGCAGCACAGCCAGCUGGCCUCUGCCGUGGAGAACCUCAAGAACAUCUUCUCAGUGCCAGAGAUCGUGCAGGAGACGCACGCCCUCAUCGAGCAGGCCGAGCUGCUGCAGGCUCACCGCAAGCUGAUGGACCUGGAGUGCUCCCGCGACGACCUCAUGUACGAGCAGUACCGCAUGGACAGCAGGAACGCGCACGACAUGAACCUCAUCCGCAACUACUUCGGCGACGUGCAGAGCCUGUCGGACGAGCUGGCCAAGCAGCUGUGGAUGGUGCUGCAGCGCUCGGUGGUGACGGUGCGCCGCGACCCCACCAUGCUGGUGUCGGUGGUGCGCGUCAUCGAGCGCGAGGAGAAGAUCGACCGCCGCAUGCUGGACCGCAAGAAGCAGACGGGCUUCAUCCCGCCGGGGCGGCCCAAGCGCUGGAAGGACAGGAUGUUCGAGGUGCUGGAGCGCACGGUCAGCACUCGCAUCGAGGGCGCGCAGGCCGAGACGCGGGAGCUGGACAAGAUGUGGCUGGUGCGGCUGCUGGAGAUCACGCGGCGGAACGUGGUGGACGACCUGCUGGUGGUGAAGAACCUGAUGGUGCAGUGCUUCCCGCCGCACUACAACACCUUCCGCGUCUUCUUCGACCUCUACCACCGCGCCCUCUCCGCCCGCGUGCAGGAGCUGGCCGCCGAGGAGCUGGAGGCUAACGAGAUCGUCUCCCUCCUCACCUGGGUGCUCAACACGUACAAAAGCAUAGAGAUGAUGGGCCACCCUGAGCUCUACGCCGAGUGUGACGUCAGCCAGCUGGAGCCUCUCCUGCCUAAAGAGGUGGUCGAUGAUCUGCUCAGCAAGUACAUCCAGACUUUCACAUCCAACAUCACAGGCUGGCUCCGCAAGGCCCUGGAGACGGACAAGAAGGACUGGAAGAAGGAAACGGAGCCAGAGGCGGACCAAGAUGGCUACUACCAAACCACACUUCCCGCCAUUGUGUUCCAGAUGUUCGAACAGAACCUGCAAGUGGCGGCCCAGAUCGACGAGACCUUCAAAGAGCAGGUGCUGUUGCUGUGCCUAAAGCAGAUGAACUCAUUCCUACACAGGUACCGGGAGGAAGCAAUCACCUAUAAAGAAGAUCACUUGAAAGACCGGCAGCUGCCUCAGUGCUACGUUCAGUACAUGAUCGCCAUCAUCAACAACUGCCAAACAUUUAAGGAGUCGAUAAACAGCCUAAAGAAGAAGUAUUCUCAGAGGGCGGAGCCCACCCCGAACGACGCUGCCAUUGAGAAGACGCUGAACGAGGUGGCCAAAGAUGGCUGCCAGUUCCUGCUGGACGAAGUCUUCAUGGACCUGGAGCAACACCUCAAUGAGCUUCUCACCAGGAAAUGGCUUACUGGCUCCAACGCAGUGGACACCAUCUGUGUGACUGUUGAGGACUACUUCAAUGACUUUGCCAAGAUUAAGAAGCCAUACAAUACGGAGAUGACAAGUGAUGCCCACCGCAGAGUGGUGAUGGAGUACUUAAAGGCAGUGAUGCAGAAGCGCAUCUCCUUCAGAAACGCUGAGGAGCGGAAGGAAGGAGCCGACAGAAUGAUCAAGGAGGCGGAACAGUUCAAGUUCCUCUUCAGGAAGCUGUCCUCUGGUGGAGACACUGACCGGCUGUGUGACAGUAUAUCUGCCAUCGCUGAAGUGUUCAAACUCACUGAUCCGACUCUCUUGUACCUGGAAGUGUCCACUUUAGUCUCCAAGUACCCCGAUAUCAGGGAGGAGCACAUCGUGGCCCUGCUGGCGGUGAGGGGGGAUGCCAGUCGGGAGAUGAGGCAGAUGAUCAUCGAGACGCUGAACCAGAACAAGCCCUCCGUCGCUGCCAGCACUCAGCCCGUGUUCAAGGACAUUGUCAUCCCAACAUCCAUGACCUCCAUGGCAGUGCCAAAACUGCUGAAAUAACACCAGGGAUAAAACCAACACCGCACCCACAACCUGUGAUGGCAGCAUGUCGCAGUGUUGUUGGAACGGAUUGCCUUGUAUGCACUUUGAAGGGAGAUGACUCCCUGGCCAGGAGCUGAGAGGUGUGAAAAUCAGCAAUACUUACGGAAAGAGUAAACGGUAUAAGGGAAUAGUGAUUUUUAUGUUAUUGUACUGAUAGCGUGAUAACAUUUGAUACUUGAUGUACAGAGAACACUCGGUGUGUCCACCAGCCUUUUUUUCCAGGCGUAAUUAUGCCACAAACUAUGUAGAAAUGCAUGUUUUUCAGUGAGUUACAACAGAGAUACUUACGAAUGGUGUAGGGAACUGCUUUUUUACUGAUAUCGUUAACUUUCGAUACUUGAUGUAGAGAACACAAUGUUUCCUCCAGACUUCAUUUACAUGUAAUCAAGGCUGAAACCUUGUGUAAACGCAUGUUUCCCAGUGGUUUACAAGAAAAUCACUUCCAUGUUGCAAAAAGUCUCCAUGAUUAUCUUAUUAAA